AUCCGAAUUAGCAUAAUACUGUUUGUCCCACUGAGACACCCGUACAACAGGAAAUACACGACGUGUUUCAAGGUACUGUGCGUUCUUUCUGCGCUUCUGCUCCUGUUAGUGGGAAUCAAGUGUUAAUGUUAAACAGUUGUUGUUAACCCUGCUGCAGUCAUGGGGGACAUCCGCCAGUCUCUGCUGCGCCGUGACUCGCUGAGUGCGGCCAAGGAGCUUCUGUAUCACCUGGAUAUUUACCUGAGUGGCCAGGUGCAAAACAGCUCCGCCCCUGCGGUGGACACGCCCACUCUGGAGCUGGUGGAGGAGUUCAUCCUGCACACACCUAAGGACCGACACCCCACCCCCAGGAGGAUGAAUGCCCUGCAGGAGCUGCAGCUGUUGGAGAUCAUGUGCAGCUGUUUCCUGGAGCAGAGUCGGGAUGCUGUGAGACAGCUCAUCUUCUCUGCCCUCUUUGGUCUCCAAGGCAACCAGGCGGACGACAGCCGCAUGGCAUUGCUAUGUAAACUGGUUUCUAUGGCAAUUGCUGUUGGCAGGGUCUCUAUCCUGGAGUGUGCUGCUACCUGGUUACAGAGAAGCCACCGUGGGUGUUGUGUGCGUCUGGCCAGGGUACUGGUGGACGACUACUGCAGCCUGGUUCCGGGUUCGGUUCCCACCCUGCGGAACAUCCACCGCUCAAGCCCUCGCUUCUGCUGCCAGUUCAUCACUGCGGUUACCACCCUGUACGAUCUCUCCUCAGGGGAGCUGUGUCCUCCAGUAGAUCUCGUCUCCAUGGUGAUGUCUUGGCUGCAGGAGGAUCCCAGUCUCAUUCUCAUCACCUUCCUGAACACGCCCAUUUCAGCCAGCCAGCCAAUCAGCUCCCUGGACCUCACCCCCCUGGCUGGCCUGGUGCGCUGGUGUGUCAAAGCCCCGUUGGCCUACAGGCGGGAAGGGAAGCCGAGUCUGACCAAUGGGACGACAGAGGUUGGAGCCCUCUUCUCCGCCCUCCACCUGAGUGUUCUACAGGUGCUGCUGCUCCUGCCGGCGGUCCUGACGGAGAAAGGCAUUCUGGGUCGUCUGGCUCUGCUGCAGUUGGACCAGCUGUCCUUGCUCACCUCCGACCUGGCCCGUCUGCUGGAGAACACACACUCCCACACACACGCCGACACGCUCAGCGACAUACACACCGACGCACUCGGCAAUACACAUGCCCAGCUCUGCGUGGACAGGCUAGCCCAGGCUCUGCAAGUCUCCAUGGCAACAGGUGCUCUGCUCUGCUCCAGAGAGGAGCUGCGAGUGCUGUGUUCCCGCCUUCCUCACAGCAAUCUCCUCCAGUUGGUGAUGUGUGGCCCGGUGCAGCCAAGUGGCUUCUACCCCCACAUCCACACCCCUCCUCUGGGAUACUGUCCCCUGGCCUCACCCCUACCUCCUCCUCUUGCCUCCCCCCUAACCCCUCACCCCUCACACACUCCCCUGGCCUCCCCCCUAACCUCUCACCCCUCCCAUCCCUCUUUCUCUCCCCAGCCCUUCCUUCCAGCCAUGUCCUAUUCCUUCCAUCCUACCCACUGACCACUACCCUAAUCCCAUCCAUCCUACCGACUGUGCAAGGAGGUGUGUGUGUGCGCAAGGAUGUUUGUAGGUUGUGUGAUUCCGAGGGUGUUUCUGAUGAGAAGGGUGCAAGAAUGUGUGUGUGUGUUUUGGUGCCCCAAAAAGA